GCCUCUCUGAAACUGGAUUAGUGAGUAACACCUACGUUUUGGCCGCGGGUCACUUUGGAGGGAUUUCACUGAAUGGGCCUGAAGCUGCCACUGGCCUCAUACAGGCCUAAUGAUAAUACACUAAAGACUUUCCCCUUUGUUAAAAAAAACACCUUUGGAAGAAGAUUGCUCAUUUUCAGAGGAUUCUUUUCAUGAUCGCCAUCUGAAAUAUGUGACAUCCUAAAACUAACAGAGAGGUGUUUAAUUCUGUGAUAUGUCGCCUGUGAAGGGAGCUGUUUGUGGAAACGCACAGGAGCCUUCAGAGACACUGACUGCGGGACGUAAGUAGCUCUCCAGGGUGCUGAAGUUGUCUCCAAACGACAGGACGCAGGAGCCUGAGCUCUCCCUGACACUGACAGCCCAUAAUCCCAACACCAUGACCGGGCUGUGCCUUCAGCAGAGCCACAGCAGAGGGGAUAGGUAAGGUUUUAGGGGGAUGGUUAGUUGACGACUGAAAAGCAGACACCUGUGAGACUGUCUAAUCGGACCCUGGAGCUGUCCUGAUGGCAUUAAAGAAGCGGUUUCAGUGCUCUAAUUGACAGUUAAUUCACAGUGAACGCAGAGAUUCACUACCUUGGACACCCUGGAAGGACAAUGCAACAUUUUCCUCCUAAUUUCAGAGGGGCGCUAUUUGAGUCCAACCAUCAAUGUGCACCUAUAAUUAAAAGCAGACCAAGUUUACCUUCACUGCCCUUUUAUAACCUCCUGUUAUGGGCUCUCCUGGGAGUGUUGACGCUCCCUUGCUGUGUGCGCUGUUUGAUAUUCAAAGUGGGGGUCUUGGGCCCCUGGAACUGCGACCCGGUCUACUACAGGGCCCUUCCUGCCACUGCGGCCAGGCUGGCGGUGGGUAGGAUAAACGGAGACCUGAGUCUGGAUCUGGGUCUGAAAAUGGACUUCAUCAUCCUCCAGGAGCCCUGCGAGACCUCCAAAGCGCUCACUGCGUAUAUUUACUACGAGAAGCUGGCGGAUGCGUUCGUCGGGCCCACUAACCCGGGAUACUGUAUUGCAGCGUCUCUGCUGGCCAAGACCUGGGACAAGGCCCUCUUCUCCUACGGAUGUGUUACCUACGAGCUGGACCGAGUCGCAGCCUAUCCAACGUUUUCCACGACGGUGCCGUUUCCCACUGAUGUGCUAUUCAUCGUGUUGAAGCACUUCAGGUGGGCCAGCGUCGCUGUGGUCUCAUCCAAUGAAGAUAUCUGGAUGGACGCUGCAGGGAGAGUGGCUACUGCUCUGAGGAGUAAAGGGCUUCCAGUUGGACUCGUUACUUCUAUGGGGAUCAAUGAGACGGAGGUGGAGAACACGAUGAGGAGGAUCCAGAACGCAGGAGAAGUCAAAGUCAUCAUUAUGUGUAUGCACUCCAUCCUGGUCGGAGGUGAGCAGCAGGCUACUUUUCUCCUCAAGGCGCAGGAGAUGGGUGUGACUUCAGGGAAGUAUGUGUUUGUGCCCUACGACACCCUCCACUACAGCCUGCCCUACAACAACGUCUCCUACCUUGCCUUGCAAAACAACAGCCGGCUGAGGGAGGCCUACGAUGCUGUGCUCACCAUCACUGUGGCCUCAGAGCCUCUGUCCUUCAACGAGGCGUUCGCUGCAGCCAAGAGGAGCGAGGAAGUGACGCUGCCGCUGCAGGCGGAGCAGGUCCACCCCCUGUUUGGGACCAUCUAUAACAGCAUAUACCUGCUGGCUAAGUCCAUCCACAACGCCAGGAAAGCAGGAAUGCGGCUGUCAGGAUCAAACCUGGCCUACUUCACAAAGAACACAACUUUCUCCGGUUUCAACCAGAAGGUCAGGGUGGACACCAGUGGGGAAAUUAAGACCAACUACAUCGUCCUGGACUCUGUCAACUGGGGGAAUCAGCUGUACCAGACCUAUCUGGUGGAUCUAACAUCAGGGAAGCUCCGUUUUGCAGGAAGAUCCAUUCAUUUUCCAGGAGGAUCCCCUCCUCCGUCUGAUUCCAGCUGCUGGUUUGACAAGACUGCCAUGUGCACGGGAGGAGUGGAGGUCACCUACAUUAUAGUAGUGUUAGCUGUCAUCCUUGCUCUGGCUGUAGGAGGCAUCGCUGUAAGUCUUUACAUCAGGAGGAGGCUCCAACAAAUCCAGCUGGUCAAAGGUCCCAAUCGGAUCCUCUUGAACUUAGAGGAUCUCACUUUUAUCAAUCCUCAACUUAGUAAAAAGAAAAUUACUUUAGAGGAUCUGAGUGAGUCUAAGAGCGCUCUGGAAGACAAAUCUGUCGACCGUUCACACUCUGUGAACAGCAUGCAGACGGCAACUCAUGAGACGACCAAUGUUGCUGUGUAUGAGGGCGACUGGGUUUGGCUGAAGAAAUUUGAGGAGGGGCACUUCCAGGAGGUGAAACAAAGCACCACCAAGAUUUUCACGAAGAUGAAAGACCUGAGAAACGAGAAUGUAAACCCUUUCCUGGGCUUCUUUUUGGACUGCUCCAUGUUCGCGGUGGUGACGGAGCACUGCUCACGGGGUAGUCUGGAGGACCUGCUGAGGAAUGAGGAUGUAAAGUUAGACUGGAUGUUUAAAUCCUCACUUGUGCUGGAUCUCAUCAAGGGUAUGAAAUAUCUUCACCACAGAGACUUCCCCCACGGCAGACUAAAAUCCCGAAACUGUGUGGUGGAUGGCCGCUUUGUCCUUAAGAUUACAGAUUAUGGCUUCAAUGAGCUGCUGGAGUCGCAGAAAGCUCCUCUAGAAGAACCUCCACCUGAAGAUCUAUUUUGGACUGCUCCAGAGUUCUUAAGGGACCUUGCAAUUUCUCGUAAAGGGACAUACAAGGGAGACGUGUACAGUUUUUCUAUAAUCCUCCAAGAGGUGGUGGUGAGAGGACCACCGUACUGCAUGCUGGGUCUGCCACCUGAAGAGAUCAUCCGUAAGGUGAAGAAGCCUCCUCCAAUGUGCCGCCCCACUGUGGCCCCGGAUCAGGCUCCACUUGAGUGUAUCCAACUGAUGAAGCAGUGCUGGAGCGAACUGCCCGACCGCAGGCCGGACUUUGAUGAGAUCUUUGACCGGUUCAAGAUGAUCAACAAGGGGAAGAAGACCAACAUCAUUGACUCCAUGCUGAGGAUGUUGGAGCAGUACAGCUCCAACCUGGAGGAUCUCAUCAGAGAGAGAACAGAGGAGCUGGAGGUGGAAAAGCAGAGAACAGAGAAGCUGCUCUCUGAGAUGCUGCCACCUUCUGUGGCUGAAGCCCUGAAGACUGGUGCCACUGUGGAGCCAGAGUACUUCGACCAAGUCACAAUCUACUUCAGUGACAUCGUGGGUUUCACCACCAUCUCCUCCCUCAGUGAUCCCAUCGAGGUGGUUGACCUUCUCAAUGACCUCUACUCACUGUUUGAUGCCGUGCUCAGUAACCACGAUGUCUACAAGGUGGAGACCAUUGGUGAUGCUUACAUGGUAGCAUCAGGUCUGCCUAAGAGAAAUGGCAACAAGCACGCUGCUGAGAUCGCCAACAUGUCACUGAACAUCCUGAGCUCAGUGGGAACCUUCCAUAUGCGACACAUGCCAGACGUGCCCGUCAGGAUACGAAUAGGAAUCCACUCAGGGCCCUGUGUUGCUGGGGUGGUGGGUCUGACCAUGCCUCGGUACUGCCUUUUUGGAGACACUGUCAACACUGCCUCUCGUAUGGAAUCGACUGGGCUGCCUUAUAGAAUCCAUGUAAAUAUGAGCACUGUGAAGAUCCUCCAUUCUCUUAAUGAGGGUUAUAAAAUAGAUGUAAGAGGCAAGACAGAGCUGAAGGGUAAAGGUAUUGAAGAAACAUACUGGCUUGUGGGGAAAACCAACUUUACAAAGCCUUUGCCAAAACCACCAGAGAUUCGACCAGGGGACAACUGGCAAGAGAUGGUGACAGAGGAGAUCAAGACUCUUUUCCGCAAGGCCAACAGGCCGGUGGACAAAAAGAUCUGAAUGAGAUCGAGAGACAGAAAUAAAGGAAGAAAGCAAAACUAGAGGAGAGUAAGGAACGUCAGGAAGAUGACACAUCCAGAGAAAGAGAGAAACUAAGAGCUGGGAUGGACAGGCAGAGGACAGCGAGCGCCAGCCAGCCUCUCACUGUGGCUUAAUGCAGACUUCUUUAAGAGGAUUGUCCAUCGACUGGCUAAUCUGCCUGCAGCCAGCGCAGCAGAACACAAUGGUGCUAAUGUAAUGAGAGUUGUCACAUUACCUGCCUACGUACCUGCUGCCAGAAUCACAGGGAAAGGUGCACCCGCUCCUUAAUGAAGGAUGCACUCAUUCUCUCCUCUCUGCACUCACUGGCCACUGCGUGGUCACCUAUUACAGGGCAAACCAGAGGUUCACCCAUGGAAAGAUUGAACGCCCCAAACGCCUAUUUCAAAGUGAAAUGUUAUUUUUCUGGUGAUGAUGUCUGUAUUUAGUUUGUCAUAGAAGCUCAUGCUAGGGUUAUAGAGCCGAGGCUGUUACUUAGCUCUGGCUGGAUAUUACUGUAUAUGUUAUUAGCCACCCAAAGUUGGAGGCAAAGGCUGCUAUUGUAUAUAAUUAACAAAAAGAGAAAAAGACAAUCUUGCCACUUUAAUUCUACUGUCUUAGGGCAGAAGAUCAAACACAUUUGCAUCCACUACCUUUUUUUUAAUGCUGUCACACAAAUGUUAGUUUACUCUAAUUAAAAAAUGGUAACCUUGGAAAGCACUGAAUGAGCAAAAGUAGCAAAGGAAACAUGUUACCGUUCCCAAAGUGCUCAAUGAUGUUAUUCCAGCACUUAAAAUUUUGAUUUAAGUUAACUGAACUGAACUGGUUGUUUCUGAUACAUCUUCAAAUGAGGUGACACUAAUGCUGUACAUGUUUACUAUCAAUAACAAUAACUAAUGCAAAAUUACGUGUGAUGUGAAAAAAAAUCAUUUAUGAUUAAUGUUUACAAAUUUUAGCAUUUCAGCAUUUUAACUUUAAAUCUAAAAAUCUUAAAACCUUUCUCUAAUGUGUCGGCAUGAGGACAAAAUCUGUGUUUGUACCUGUUCACUUUGCAGUUUUUCUUAGAAUAUAAGCAUAACCAAAUUUCCUAGAAAAGUUUUUGUAUGAAUCCAUAAACUUUCAUUGUGUCUUUCACAGCUGGUUUAGCUAAAAGCUGAUGCACUAUAUUGAUAUCAAAACUAUUGUUCCCUCACAGGAGUAUGAAGUGUGGGAGCUGUGCACCAGCUUAACAGCACCAUCUUCUGUUUAAAUUAAGGUAUUUGCUAAGAGGCGUUGAGCCAAUUUUUGCUUAAGAUGAUAGACAGGUAUAAGGAAAUGCCUGUAAAAACCAACUAAAGGAAAUAAUGCAAAUAGAAAUAAUUUUUUAAAAAAUAUAUUAUUUGGUAGAAGUGAAGUAAGAUUUAACAUUGAAAAUAUUUUGCUGAACAAUGAAACAACUUUUAGAUUCAUUAUUGUCAUUAUUUUUUUUAAAUAAUCUCUUAUGUCCCCUCAUAUUAAUGCGGAGAGGUGAAGCUUCAUUUGUGCUUGUUGUAUAAAACAACUUCAGAGUCAGUCAGAAACAUGUACAUUUUCUAAGUGAUAUGUUGUCAUUUGUCUUGUAUUUAAUUACUGCAGUGCAAAGUUCAAGGUCUGUGUAAAUACAACAAUAUAAAGUAACUAAGCUGUU